GUUUCUUGGUGGCAGAAACAUCUAAGUGCUAACUUUUGCAGACUGUCAUCAUGUCAGCCAACAAUAUAAAGACUUAGAGCAUUGUUUUCUUCUUCACGUCACUAGCGCCAUUUCCUCGCCACAACGCCUGUGGUCCUACAUCAAGAUCAAGGAAACACCCUGAAAGCCAAAAUCAAACAAAAUGGGCAAUCAGUUAAGUGCUUCUUGUCCCUGCGCUGAGCCGCGGGCCAAACCCCUGUCACGACCAGCCGCAUUGUUGGUGCUCUCAGCUGUAACCCGCAACCGAGUCGAUAUGAUACGAGCAGGCUUGUCUCUGGUGCCUGCCAAGCUGCCGGUUUUUGUCCUAUUGCUGCGAUCGGGUUCAUCUAGUACAGCUAUGCUUGGUACGCCUGCAGGUGUAGGUGUAAACCCCACGAACUCUCAACAACAAGGCCUGUUCGAGUGGGUUAGUGCCAUUUACGCUACAGCCCAAGAAGUUCAGCGCGAUGUGACUCUGCUGUGCGGGAACCUCAAAGCAGCCGCUAUGCUGAAAAGUAGGAAGAUGGGGAAUACUUAAGGCUCUUCUUGGUUUGAAUAACUUCUGUUGAACUAGAGCGAGAAAAUAGAAUUCGAAAGCAUAUCGUAGCGUCUCACUCUCAUUGGGCUGAGCGCGAGCAGUGGACUUUUUCCAGACGAUCAUACUCACAAGACUUGCGAACUUUUUCGCUCUUGCUACAAAUAGACUCGCCUUGCAGCUGCUCCUACAAAUAGGCCUACUCUAAUCCAUCAUCGACACGCUAUCAAGCGACGAGAUGAGACUCGUCUUGCCUCGCGACUUGGAGAUCGCUUCUCUGGUCUGCGAUCGAUCCAUCUGCGAACAGCAAAACGAAUUGGAAAGCAACAUCUGCGCCGAGCUUCGCACUGAAUAUCUAGACCUUGCGUCUCUGGAAAAUGCUUCUGGAUCCUGUGGUGUGGAGGCAAGCAGUGCUGACUUUGAUUAUGAUAAACUUGAGCUUGUCUCUAGUUGCAACUUCAGGAGCGUGUGGAGUUUCUUCAACUACAUUGGGCUUGCAAUGUUUACCGCGAUACAUACAUAGAUAGGGGUAGAGAGCCUGGGUGUAUUCUGUUUUGCUGUCUGUCUACAUUUUCUUGUGGCUGCGUACUGCGUAGAAGUCACUUUCUAACUCCCCUUCUCUUCCCGUCUAGCAGAAUCGCUUGAUGUGCAGUUCUUUGGGUCACGAGCGGACUCAAGUGCGGCAUCGUCGCCUGCCUCUACGCCUCCCCCAGAGCAAGUGGAUGGACCCACCGACUACUUUGGUGUCUGUUGUGGUGGUACCUUUGACGCUUUGCAUUUUGGCCACAAGAUCCUCCUCACUGAAGCCUUGCUGCUCGCGCGCAGUCGGUUGGUCAUCGGAUUGGCGGAUGGCUUGUUGUUGAAGCGGAAAACGUUGAAGGAAUUGAUUGCGCCUGCAAGUGAACGAAAGCGGUUGUUGAGGGACUUCCUAGAAACUGCUUUGCCAGAAGCGAAGUUCUGUCCUCUUGGUGAGGGUGGCAACGAUCCGUCACUCUCUGUAGAAAUAGCCUUGAUCAAUGAUCCAGCAGGGCCCGCGGCUACUGAUGCAGGUUUGAACUGCAUCGUUUUGAGUGCGGAGUCAGCGAAAGGAGGCGCACUCGUCAACGAGGAACGAGCGAAAAAUAGACUACAACCGUUGGAGCAACAUUUGAUUUUAGGACUAAAAGUAGCGACUUCAGUGCUCGCGUUUUGAGUGAAGCCUUCGAUUUGAGAAAGUUCUAUCGCGAUAUGAAUGGCGUCUGCCAGACGAUCACGUCUUACAUUACUACACCUACGGACUUUCUGACGAUCUGUAUCUAUUCUCAGUAGGCACUUCUUGGCCUUUGCUUCUAAUCCCUAACGGUGGCAACCUAUUGCCGGAUCCUCGCUCAGGUGCUGGAGAGGAGGGGAAGACAUCAAGUAGUGGCCAGAGGAUGCGACUGCUGGGAACGCUAAGGCGGCCACAGGUCAGAGAGGUGCAGCAGUAUGGUGCCAUGUUCGAGCGUUUUGUUCUUCCGAGACUAAAAAAGGGCUCAGCAACUAGCAACAGCAAAGCCACGACGGCGGAGACAGCAGGAAUUUUAUGGUGACGAUGAUGAGAAAGAGAAGACUCUACUGCCCGAAAAUGACCUUCAUCAAUUACAGGGAAAUACUCCAACUCCAGAUAGGCUUAGUCUUAGCCAUCCGUAAGCUACGGAUGAAAAUACUAGUUAGUUACUUACGACCCUCUUCCACUAAUCUCAGCUCCUGACGGAAGUCAACAGGGAGAGCCUGACGAGGAGAGCUCCCCGACGCAUGUGCAAGAACAGGAGUACGACUCAACGACCGACUUUGAGCAGAACAAGAGCUCAGGAGAGGAAGAGUCUGUCUCAGUUGUGAAUGCAGCACUAGGCGCUACGGCGCUAGGUGUGGACCAAACGCAAGCCCAGCAAAGUCUCUCUGGGGGACUUGGCUUCAGCUCUUCGCCUUAUGUCAUUGGGCUGACAGGCGGAAGCGGUAGUGGGAAAAGCAGUAUCUGUCGCUGGUUGGAGCAAGAUCAUGCUAAGGCGUUCUCGUUUUAAAGAUAGAUCCAUAGCGGUUGUGACAAUGUAGAAUAUGCGUCAGCUCCUAGCAUCUUUACGUAAGAUACCGUCCUUCCCUCCUAUCCUCAAGGGUGUUUCAAUAGUAUUUGUCUCUCAUGGAAUGCUUUCACAUCCUUGACAUCUCGUGUGCUUCAGGAGAGGGUCUAAUCCAGGCGCAAUUGUUAUCGACUGCGAUAAGCUGGGACAACAAGCAUACGCCAAGCCCAAUAGCCCUUGUUGGAAAGAUCUUGUGGAUUUUUUUGGUGCCGAUAAUAUCCUAGACCCUGAGUCGAACCUGGUGGAUCGCAGGAAAUUGGGCGGGAUUGUGUUCGCCGACAAAACGAAGCUGGAGGUAUUUACUCUCCGUUGGUAUAGUUGGCGCAGUCAGCUGCACUAUGCUACGGAUGCGGGGCACAGGAGGUGGGGACGACUUCCGCGGGGCACAGGGGGAGCGGCAGCAGUGGCGUAGCGCGACAAGGAUGCGGCCGCCCUUUAUCAGUCGCAGCCGGGAAAGGCGGAAGAACUGGGGGCAAGGGUGAGCGCUGCAGGCUUUGUCAUGGCUCUGACAGUACGGGCGAUCGAGGUUGAAUAGCAAAGUCCGGCCGCGGUGGCGUCUGAUCCUCCGGAGUUUGCCAGGAAGUGGCACGCCGGCGCCUGUCUUUCUCGCGCCACUGGUUCUGCCGCGGUGCUCUCUAUCUCUCUGCGGGAAAGCCGCACAGGGGUGCCCCCGUUGUCUCAGGUCAGUCUUGCAACGGAUUCCGCCACCGCGGCUACGAACCAGGUAGCGGCCACUGGGCGCGCACAUAUCAGGCGGGCAGCUUGCUUGGCUGCCAAGCGUUCGAAGGGGUGGCGCCUGCGCUUUUCUUUGAGGUGGAGGGGCGUCCCGGCGCUGUCCCGCACGGAGACGCAGGCGGAGCGCUCGACGCAUGCCAAUGCCGGACGGCGCGGCCGAUUGUGGUUUGGCGGGUGUCGUGGCGGAUGGUGCGCGGCUCCUCUUGUAGGGCCUGCGGGCAAGCGCCGCGGGGGACGCCGUGCGCGGGCUCUGGGUCGGAUGCCGUGGCAGCUUCGCGGGUGUGAAGCAAAUGGGAGAGGUCUCGGACGUUCUUGCAGGGGUAGAGAUUGUCGAGGUACUUGAAUCCGAGCGCCGGCACCUUUUGCGUUUUGCCGGCGGCGUGGGCCGUUUCGCUGAUCGUCGGGCCGCCCGCCCACUGACUUCGUGAGCCGACAAGCGGCCGGCGUGCAAAUACAUCACGACGGACGACGCGCCCGCUCGUGGCAGCGCUCUCUCUUAAUUUUAGGCCCAUGCAUCGAGCACGUGACCACCGUGGAAGGAGAAAACUUCGCAAAAAUAGCGCGCAGAUAGUGCAGGAACUUGCUCAAAGGUGUAAGCUUCUCCAGGCCGCGGGCUACUGGGCCGGGUAAAGUGAAGCAAGAGCCUGGGGCCCGUCUGGUGCCACGCUUGGGGCCCCUUGUUGUCUGUUGCUCGCAGGCAGGGCACCACUUGGACCAGGGGCGCGCGGCCUCGCCCAAGGUGAAGCGAAAGGGGCAGGGGGACGAAGGGGGCAAGGCGCUAGGGCACACGCCAGCGGCCCGCAGGGGGGGCGGCAGAGCUUUUGGGGAGAAGCUGCCCGCCCAACGUCGGGGGAAGGGUUCGCCUUGCCUUCGCUGUCUAGCGUGGUGGGCAAGUUAUUAGCUUGCGCCAAUGAAAUGGGCCAGCUUUGGAGCAGUGUCACCGAGGCAGCAGGGCGGUGGUGGAUGCGCGGCGCUGGCAAAUUGUGGGGGCGCUGAUGCGUUGGCGCUCCCGUUUCCGGCUCGCGCCGGUCGCGGGCGCUGGCUUCCCCGGAGGCUGACAGCAACCAAGGCACGCCACGAAGUGGCGCCCAGGGGUGGAAUAGAGACCAGUAAAGAAAGGCUGUCGCGCAGCUUGUUGCGACUUCCUCGUAGUUUUUGUGUCGCUUUUUCGUCGUGUGCUUUUUCUUGGGCUCGGAUCAUGCUUGCGGCGCUCAUGGGUUUUUUCGAGAAGGUCCGCACAUUGGCGGGCGGUGUUCGUUGUCUUGUGCGUGCUUGUGGUCUAGUGUCACUGCUGUGGGGCCUCUAGCUCUCGCUCCCCAGCUUUCCAAAUCGUAAAACAAACAGACAAUAGCCACUAGUACUUGAAUUAUUGCACUUCCCACAGGCACUGAACGGAAUAGUGUGGCCACACAUUCAGCGCAUGGCCUACGAUGAAAUGUCCCAGCGUCUCGAAGCCGCGGCAGAGAAAGGUAGUCACCCUCCUGAGCUCUUUUACUUUAGAGAAAAUAAGAUCGAUGCCACGCAAACAACACUGAGAGUGAGGCGUGUCUGUAUGUCUGAGCAACACACCUCGCAGAGCUGUCUCCUCAAUGGUUUGCGCCCAGUAGGUACGUAGUUUUUCCAAAUAUGGUUUCUAUGAACUGAGUAAACAACGCCCACGAUUAAUCUUUGAGUACCUCAGUCAGCCUUUCUUUUGCACCAGAUUCCUACUACACGUCUCCGAACACUGGCGCUUCGCCAGCCACUGCAGACCCGAAACAAGAGCCAAGUCCACUUACUGCUUUCAAGCAGUCACUUUUCCAAUCCGAACCGGAUACACUUUAUGACGCAGAAGACUGUCGAUUUUAGAACUUUGACUCUCUCGAUGUUGUAGCGAAAUUAUACUUUUAGGAAGGAACAAAUAGAGACUACUAUAACUUAAGUCUAGGUAGUAAGAUGCACAUCUUCACUCCCAAGAAGACGCUCUUCUACUGCCACUAAAGGAACAACAAAAAUCGCCCCCCCCCUACCUAUCUUCAUUCUGUCCUCAGCCACAGUGGCGGUUCCGGUUCAAGGCCAGUUGUCGUCUUCGAUGCCGCGGUCCUCCUAGAAGCUAAAUGGGCCUGCGACGAAGUGUGGGUUGUAUUCGUGUCUAGAGAAGAGCAAAUUCGAAGAAUCGUGGAUCGGGACUCUAAAUCUGAAGAGUUAUGGGGAGUUGAUAUUUGAGGGUUAGAAGAUACUAAGUAGUUUGGUAUCUGAGGAGUUAAGGUCCAUACUUUUCAUACGGAAACUUUGAUCCGUGUUUUUGUGAUCCACCUUGUUUGAGAGCAUCGAGCAUUCUAUACAAGUCAGUCACUGUCGCGGGAUCCUGCUUCUUGUUUCGAUGCGGAUAUGUCACUCAUUCUAUGUGCACUUAGUACUACUCAAAACUAUUUAGUCUACCUCCAGCACUAGCUAUCUCUAUACCUCCAAGUGUAACAAACUUCUUUUCUACGACACUGACUUGAUUUCGCUAAACCACGAAGCAGCAAAGCGUAUUGACAGCCAGAUGGCCUUGGAUGAGCGGAUGAAGCACGCGGACGUUUUGCUGAGUACGGAAUUUGAGCCUGAGGUGACACGAAGCAUCGUGAAAAAAGCCGCAGACUCCCUUAGGAAACGGAUUGCGAUGAGCCAGUAGUUCUUUCUUGUAGGCUUUUUCGGGGAGUGAAGCAGGGUUUUUCGAGUGGUCAAGACUCAAGGGCAACUUGUCAAGGUCAAGAUUGAAAGUAUACCAUUCUGUUCGUGAAUGACUCUCGGGGAAAUAAACCUGAAGGAAUCGAUGGCUGAUGAUCGCAGCAAAGACUAUUCGCAAAGCCAUGAUGUGUUGUCAAUGUCAUGGAAGCGAAGGCAAUUUCCCUCAUGUCGUCAGGAGACAGGAUAGGCCAUGACGCGAAUUUUGGAACGCGUCGUGUCGUCUUGUUAAUGAAAUGUACUCAGAUGGGAA